AUGUGGGUAAUAGUUAUGAUAUUAACAUUAUGUGGUGUAGUGCAAGGGGUCUCUAAGGCCCCAUUAGUGUCAACAAAACUGGGUCAGAUUAAAGGAUUGGAGUUUGGAGAUGGACAUGCUCAGUUCUUGGGAGUACCUUAUGCUGUGGUGGAUAAAAAUAAUCCUUUUGGGCCAUCAACACCACACCCAUGCUUCAAUGAAACCUUCGAGGCGUAUGAAUCAAAAAUGUGUCCUCAAAUAAAUGACAAUGUUGCGGUUGGAACACUCGAUAGCCUCGCCAUGAACAUCUACGUGCCAAAGACAGCGAAUUCACAAAACCUCUUGCCAGUCAUGGUAUGGAUACAUGGAGGAGGCUUCGUUGACGGCAGUGCUGAUGAUAAAGGCAAGAGUUCUCCAAUAGAAUUCAUGAAACAUGACGUGGUAGUUAUAGGAAUCAACUACAGACUUGGCAUAUACGGCUUCAUGAACCUGGACAUUCCUGAAGUACCUGGAAACCAAGGUCUAAAAGACCAAGUGCUUGCUUUCAGAUGGAUUAGGGAAAAUAUAGAAGCAUUUGGUGGAAACUCUAAUAAUGUAACCGCAUUUGGUGGCAGUGCUGGUGGCAUUUCUAUCAACCUCCAUCUAGUUUCGCCUUAUGAGAAGCUGUUCGAAAAAGCAAUAAUAGAAAGUGGAACUGUGUAUAUGAGAUUUUGGUUAAGUGAAGUAGAUUAUACCAUUCCUAUUAGAAUAGCUAAAGAAUUAGGAUUUAAUACUACAGACAAACUUGAAGCAGUGAAGUAUCUCUCAAAAAUCGAUCCUCUUGUAGUUCUCAAUACAGUUAAUGAAUUAAAACAUGAUGGGGUGAAUGUGAAAAGUGAGAUUAACCGAAAAACAGUACCGUAUGUAGAGAAAAAGUUUGAAGGAGUUGACAACUUGGUAACAGAUAAAAUGGCUAAUAUUUUAUCGUCCAACAAAGUGGAAACGACUCCUAUAUUACUGGGUGACAAUAGUAAUGAAGCUGCUAUCGUUAUACAUGCAGCUGAUGAUGAAUUUUAUAAAAGAUUUGAUUUUGGAAGGCAUUUAUCUUUAGGAUUCGACUUUAAAGGAGCUGUGCCUGAAGAAGUUGUAAAAAGCGUGAAAGAUUUCUAUAUAAAAGAUGAUAAUUUGGAUACACUUAAAGAUGGUGUAUUAAAAUUCAUGUCGGAUUUUUAUUUUUCACAUCCGACGCAAAAGACUCAGGAAUUCUUAUUGGGUAUUGGAGCGAGGUCUCUAUAUCGCUAUAUGUUCUCGUACAGCGGUGAUAGGAAUAUGAUUAAAGCGAUAAACAAUUUUACUGUUAACGGAGCUACACAUGGCGAUGAACUUGGAUAUUUGUUUUCUUACGACAUAUUUGGAAAGGCAAAUCCUCAAGAUCAAAUCAUGGUUGAUAGAAUGGUUACAAUUUGGACCAAUUUUGCGAAAUAUGGAAACCCAAUACCGACCAAAACGGACCUGCUUCCAAUCAAAUGGGAACCCACUACAAAAUCUAGCCCUAAAUAUGUAGAUAUAGACCUAGACCUAACGCUAGGUACCGUACCGUUCCCUGAAAGAAUUGAAUUCUGGACUAAAUUCUACGAACGGUAUGGACAAUAUCAGAUCUGA